AUGAUCCGUCCAGAAGCUCAAUGCCAGAUUACUAUUCUUGAAUUCGGCACCAAUAUUAGGGAACCUGCUGUUGUGUUUGCUUCUAAAAACACUGCUCCAGUUUCUCAGCCUAUAGCGUCUGACUCUUCCUCAAGUCCGCCUCAUAGCCUGACUUAUGCUGAAAAAGACAAACUGAAGUGUGAUCACUAUGGUGAAAAGAGACAUACUAUUGACAUAUGCUGGGCAUUGCAUGGGGUACUAAAUUAUGAGAAAGAACAUAGGUGUUUAAAAAAGGAACAACUGGGCGGCAAAGCUCAUAUGGUUGCUACCGCCACUCAUGUGGCUGACGUCACCACUGGGUAA